AUGUGCAAAGUUUUUGAAUCUCUGCGCAUACGCAUCGGGAGCGCGCACUGGCCAGUGUACACGCGCACUUACCUGCAGGAGACUGAAGCGAAGAAGAGGAAGAGGAGGAAGGCCAGAUGUGUGGACACAAGAGACCGACUCGCACCUGAUAUCGCGAGAUUUCCGGGCAAUGGCUGCAGAUCUCGGAUAUUAGAAGAGCAGCUGUGUUACCGAGAGUCGAAGUUCGUCCACAUCGGAAAGUCCACUUACACUGCUAUGGCUCAGGUGGCAUCCCACGGAAAGCUGCUCCUUCAGCGCUUGCACCAGCAGCGAGAGAUGGACCUGCUGUGUGACAUCACCAUCAUAGUGAAGGACGCAGAAUUCCGGGCCCAUAGGAACAUCCUGGCCUGUUUCAGUAAAUACUUCUCCACAUUAGCCACAAAAGGAAUCGACGUGGCUUCUCUGGACCCAGAGAAGGUCAGCCGCUACGCGCUGGAGAAGCUGCUGGAGUUUGUCUACACUGGACAGAUGAAUCUCAGCAGUACUCGUCAUAGCGCUGUCCGUCGAGCUGCUGUCUUUUUGGGAAUGCAGGAAGCCAUUAAAAACCUCCCAGAGAGUAACGAGCCCCCCGAACCCGCCGAAACUAUAGAACCCUCACAAACUGAAACCGGCAAAGAACCAGCAACUACUUCUCCUGCAAAGAACGAUGUCCCCCAAGAAGAGGACAGCCCAAGCUCUCCACUGGCCCUUUCCAUUUCGUCUGCAACCGGUAAUUGGACAAUGGAUGACGAAGAGGAAGAGCCCGAAGAAGAAGAAGAAGAAGAGGAGGAUGUUGGCAUGGUAGUCGACAACGAUGUUGACUACACUCCUGGGAAAAAGAGAGCGCGGAAACCAAAGACGUUUUUUGGUUGCGAAGCAAGUGAAAGCUCUGAUUUGGCUGACAAUACUACGACGGCUACAACCAGUGCUGGGAGAGGACGGGGUAGGGGGCGCGGUAGACCUCCCAUUGUUAAGACCGAAGAAACAGACGAUCCAGAGAAAGAAGCCCAAGAUAUGUGGGAUACCUCGGCAGAUUGGAGCCCUUCACAUGACGAAAUCGACGAGCCUCCUGUCAAAAAAGCCAAAUUCGGUGGUAGAAGAGGGCGAGGCAGGAGAGGCCGCGGUCGAGGCCGAGGAAGAGGAAGGCCGGCAAAAAAAUGUGACGUGUUAUUGGAGGAAGACGAGGACGAGAUGGAGCUGGGAGAAGACGGGAAGGAGUUUGGCGAGCAGGAUCCGUCGGAGGCCAACGACCAGUCGUUGUCUUGUCUGGCGUGCGAUAAAGUCUUCAAAGACCAGAGCAGUUUGAGGCGGCACGAAAAGAUCCACAAGGGACUGAAGCCGUUCGCCUGCAUUUUCUGCUCCAAAACGUUCAGACAAGCGACGCAGCUCAAGACGCAUCUCCGGAUUCACACAGGUGAGAAGCCGUUCGCCUGCACAAGCUGCGAUAAGUGUUUUGCACAGAAGUGCCAGCUCGUCGCUCAUCGCCGGAUGCAUCACGGAGAAGAAAAGCCGUACACAUGUGAACGAUGCGGGUUCAAGUUUGCCACCUCCUCUAACUACAAAAUACACAUCAGGCUGCACACUGGAGAAAAGCCGUAUGUGUGUGACAUCUGUGGGCAAGCCUUUGCUCAGAGCAGCACUUUGACCUAUCACAAGCGACGCCACACGGGCGAGAAGCCGUACCAGUGCGAUCUGUGCGGGAUGUCCUUCUCAGUGUCCUCGUCACUCAUCGCACACGCAAGAAAACACACCGGUGAGACUCCGUACAAAUGCGCUCAGCCACAUUGUGAGUCGAAGUUUGUGACAUCGUCCGAACUGAAGAAACACAUGAGGAGGCAUCACCCAGAUGGGAACAAUGGCGUGCAGUGUUUGUUGUGCGGAAACAGAUUCGCCAGUGUCAAAAACAUGAUCAAACAUCAAGAAAAGGCUCACGCUGAUGAAGUGAGGCAGCACAAAGAAAGGGCCAGAGCAGUGGUGAUGUUGGCGUCCAGUCACCCGGUCGCCUUCGUCCAGAGCAAACUGUCCCAGGACCAAAAGAGCCUCGUCUUCAGCGAACCCUCGAACCCCGAACCCUCUACACCUGACGCCAAAACCGACCUCACGAUGGAGGCGGACCCCGACAGUGCGCACCUGGCCAUGGUCAGUGAGGCCGCCAGCGCUCACUUGACCAUGGUCACCGACGCGGCUGCUCUGGACCAGGGCUCCAUCACAAUGGACACGAGCACGGCUGCAGCCCUCCUUGAAGACUUCAAAGCAGAGCCCUCGCACGCGGCCAGUGGGGAGGAUGCGGGGACGGUGAGCUUCGAGACAGGCGGCGAGGAGCAGGCCAUUACGUCCGACACGCUGCACGCUCUGGUGGAACAACUACGCCCCACGACCCCCGCGCCCAACCUGGAGCAGAUUGUCAUCAUUCAGACUGUGGAUGAGGCCGCGCAGGCGCAGAGCAGCACGUAG